CCCUCGACACCUCAUUCUUCACCAUGAACUAACCUUGUUACAUACUAUCAAUUCCUUGGAGACAAUCCCGGCCUUCCUUUGCACGGCACCUACCUUUGUACAUACAGCUCCGAACCUCUACAUACUUCCAAAUCCCACUACAUUAUUACUGACCGCAAUGCUCAUUCGGCGCGAAAGCGUCAUUCAUACAAUACAGUACAUGCAUACAUGCAUACAUGGAAGCGGCGGGUCUUGGCCUCGCUGCCAUAGAUCCUUGUUCAUGUGUUUUCUUCUUCUCCGCACGCACGACAUCCAUGUCACCGUUUCUGUUCUUCUGGCUGGGUCGGUCGGACGUCGUGGUGGAGAAAAAGGAAGACACUUAUGUACAUAUAAUGAAUGGCUUUGGCACAGGGAGGAAAGGAUAUUAUGCCGUACCUAUAUUUAUCGUUGUGACGAGGCAGGGCAGGGCAGGGCAGGGCAGGGCAGGGCAGGGCAGGGCAGGGGCCGGCCGGCCGGCCAGUGACAAGGAUGGACUACCGCAUAAUCUGGCAUAAAUGAGGUAUGCUAGGCUCAACUAGGCAAGUCUCCCGUUAAUAUGAUUUGAGGGAAGUUUGGAUAAAGUAGGGCUGAUUUUGAGUUAGUCAUCAUGCAUUUGAACGUCAGCCUAUUAAUC